GUCAGGUGCGCUAAGGGCUGCGGCAGGGCCACUGCAGUGAGCCCAGUGCUGUAGCUAACGUCCCAGCAGAGUGUGGCGAGAGCAUGACCGCCCUGCAGCUCAAAGAGCUCUCCCACUCAGGGCUGUACCGCAGGAGGCGUGACCGGCCGGACAGUGUGAGGCUGCCUUGGGCAGGGCUCAGGCUCUCCAACACCCAGAUGGCUCUCCCUGAGCGAGCACACCCCAGCACCAUCCCCGAAAAUGAGGAGGCCCCUUGGACAGUCCCUGAUGACGUCCACCAGGCUGACGGAGAUGACAGAGCUGUGUCCAGACUACAGCGAAGGCACAGUGACGUCAAAGUCUACAAGGAAUUUUGUGACUUUUACGCAAAAUUCAACAUGGCCAAUGCCCUGGCCAGCGCCACCUGUGAGCGCUGCAGAGGGGGCUUUGCACCUGCUGAAAAGAUUGUGAAUAGCAACGGCGAGCUGUACCAUGAACCCUGCUUCGUGUGUGCCCAGUGCUUCCAGCCCUUCCCUGAAGGGCUUUUCUACGAGUUUGAAGGCAGGAAGUAUUGUGAACAUGACUUCCAGAUGCUCUUUGCUCCUUGUUGCCACCAGUGUGGUGAAUUCAUCAUUGGCCGUGUCAUCAAAGCCAUGAACAACAGCUGGCAUCCUGAGUGCUUCUGCUGUGAUCUCUGCCAGGAGGUACUGGCAGACAUCGGCUUCGUGAAGAAUGCUGGCAGACACUUGUGUCGCCCCUGUCAUAAUCGAGAGAAAGCCCGAGGCCUGGGGAAGUACAUCUGCCAGAAGUGCCAUGCCAUCAUCGAUGAACAGCCCCUGGUCUUCAAGAACGACCCCUACCAUCCCGACCACUUCAACUGUGCCAACUGCGGGAAGGAGCUGACUGCCGAUGCCAGGGAGCUGAAGGGGGAGCUCUACUGCCUGCCAUGCCAUGACAAGAUGGGAGUGCCCAUCUGUGGGGCCUGCCGCCGGCCCAUUGAGGGCCGUGUGGUGAAUGCUAUGGGCAAGCAGUGGCAUGUAGAGCAUUUUGUUUGUGCCAAGUGUGAGAAGCCUUUUCUUGGACAUCGCCAUUAUGAGAGGAAGGGCCUGGCAUACUGUGAGACUCACUAUAACCAGCUGUUUGGAGAUGUUUGUUUCCACUGCAACCGUGUCAUAGAAGGCGAUGUGGUCUCUGCCCUUAACAAGGCCUGGUGCGUGAACUGCUUCGCCUGCUCCACCUGCCACACCAAGCUGACACUCAAGGAUAAGUUUGUUGAAAUUGAUCUAAAACCAGUCUGCAAACACUGUUAUGAGAAAAUGCCAGAAGAAUUUAAGAGGCGACUGGCCAAACGGGAGAGAGAAGCAAAGGAUAAGGACAAGCAGAAAAAGAAAAAGCCAGUCUGUUUGUAAACUUUUCUGUCCCUUCUAUCACCAUUUCCACUUUCUUCUUUGGAAUAAAUUUGUGGAGUUUGACAUGAAGCCCGUCUGUAAGAAGUGCUAUGAGAAAUUUCCAUUGGAGCUAAAGAAAAGACUGAAGAAAUUAGCUGAGACCUUAGGAAGGAAAUAACUUCUUUAUUUUAUUUUUCUCUUCUGUGCAAAGAUUACCAACAUUAACUUCCCUUGAGCCAUCCUUAUUUAAAGCUGCAUCUUAACACAGUUGAGAGUGAGGAAGGUUUUUUUUAAUCUCCUUUUUCUCGUUAAGAAAAUUAAAAAGGCCCCCAAAAUUAAGAGUCAAGGGCUGGCAAUGUAGCUCAGUGUCACUGCGCCUGCCUCACAGUGCAAGGUCCUGAGUUCGAUCCCCUGUACCAAAAAAAAAAUUUUUUUAAAGAAUCAGCUAUUACCUUACUCAUUUUUUUCUGAAGUGUAAACAUUAUUUUACUUUGUAUUCAAAAGAAAAUUAUUCCUCAUUGCUGUUGGAGAAGAUACAGGGGAUAAAAACAAAUCAUACGCAGUCUUAGUAUGUUUAUCCAACUAGUAGUUAUAAAAUGAAUAUACACGUCACUACAAAAUAAGUGUAUUCAGAACUACUUGAUUUUAUUUUUUUGUUAAAUGCAGUAGUUAUUGUGCUUAGUUUUUAUUGUGUUCGCUUUGUGAACUUCUUCCUUUGUACAAUUACUGAACACAGUAAUGGUAACUAAUAGUAUAUCUUUUUCAAUUUUGUUCAAAACAUACUGAGUAUCUAAAAAUGCAGCAUUCUUUUACAUUAUUGGGAAAAUGAAGUAUUUUUUUUAACUAUAAUACAGCAACUGUGCUUCUAAUCUUAAUGUUAAACAUGUGGUCUUUGAAUGGGACAUGAAAUUAAAUUUUAUCUAGCUUGGAAUGUAUCACUUUAAAAAGUGGAUUUAUAUAUAUUGGUCAUACUGCCUUUAUAACUGUGCUAAUAUCUAUGCUUUGUACAUAAUCAGACUUGCCUUAGAAAAAUACAUACCUUAUUCAGGAAUUCUGGCUGUUUCACAUACUGAGUACAAAGAAUUGCAUUGACUGAAAUUGGUAAAGUCAAAUUCAUUUACUAUAGAUUAAUUAAAUUUAAAAACACUUUUUACCUUGUUGAGAAGCCUAUUGAAAUUAAUUCCUAUAGGGCUGGAGAUGUAGCUCAGUGGCACCACACCUGCUUGGCAAGCGCAAGGCCCUGAGUUCAAUCCCCAAUACCAAGGGGGGAAAAAAAUUAAUUCCUGUCUUAGAAGACAAUGUUUUGAUACGUGUUUGAAGUUUUCCUUUUCAGAUCUCAUAAUUAAUUGGAUUUCAUUUACUGCAAGUAGGAGGUAUAAAUGAUAUCUUUAAAUUAGAAAGGGGGGCUGGGGAUUUAGCUCAGUGGCACCUUGCUUGCCUUGCAAGCGCAAAGUCCUGAGUUGCAUCUCCUAUACCACACCCCCAAAAGAAGUUGUUAAGAAAUUGUUUUCAUAUCAAUUUUAGGUCAAAAUUAGUGGAUUUGGGCUGGGGAUUUAGCUCAAUGGUUCCGCCGCCUGCCUUGCAAGCGCAAGGUCCCAAGUUCAAUCCCCGAUACCAAAAAAAAAUUAGUGGAUUACUCUUUUUUUUUUCCGGUACUGGGAAUUGAACUCAGAACCUUCCACUUGCAAGGCAGGUGUGGUAUCACUGAGCUAAAUCCCCAGCAGCCUGGAUUAACUUAUUUUAUUAAAAAUUUUAUCCUGAAGUACCUGGGCCACUCUUUCUGGAUAAACUUGUCACACAAAGCUUUUAAGAACAUUUUUUAAACAUUACUGCUGCUGUGUUAGCAUUUAAAAAGAAAAAUGCCAAAUAGAUUUCUGAGAGGAAAAUGAUUGGUUUUUUUAAAAUUUCUGACAUACUGUUUUACCAUAAAGAAUAUCUCAGGAUGCUCCAGUAACAUACUUCUGUGCAUGAAUUUUGAAUACUUGAUCAUGCACAUUGUAGAAUAAAUUGUUUCUGUUUUCAGGUAACUUGUAAACAAUUUGUUUAAUGUUCCUUUAAAGUUAAAAGAAUUAUCAUAAAUGAUUGAAAAUAAUCACUGUAUAGUUUGAGACUGUCUGUGCUUAGUAGUUGAAAACAGUCUAUGCAUUGACAAUAAGAAUCAAAGCCCUUUGGUGUGCCUUCGUCAGCUAGCAGUGACCAGCAAGGAAGACUCUAUUAGUACAAUCCUGUGCAUCCGAGGGGAAAGGGUCUGUAGGCAGGACAUGGCUGCUGAGUUUUUGUGCCUCCUAUACCAGAGAUGUGGAACAGAAAAGCAAGCUCUGCCUGCGCUCUUGUUCCCGAGGCUGCGUGACCUGCAGGACAACUUUCACUUUCGUGACUUGUGGCCAGACCCCUCUUCUAGCCAGAGGCCCCGCAGGGACUCUUUACUAUGAAUUUAUGUUUCCCAGAAGCUCAGCUUGAGAGGAUAGGCAACUUAGCUAGAAACACACAGUCCAUUCUUAUGUGGUGGACACUGCCAAGCCCUCACAUGUGGAAGGAGGAAGAUGCUGAGAAGUUUAGAAUGCAGUGGGAGGGCAGACCCAGUCAGUUUACAUUUCCCAGACUUCCCCUGCUGAAGACUGUAGGCAGCAAGCAGCUCUUUGCGCAAAGUCCUACACAGCUAUCUGAACUCUCCUAUUGCUCUUACAGGUUUCCAAGUGCUCUUUUUCCUCAGCAAGCUUGUGUCAUUGGGGAAAACAGGUGCAGCUGAACUCUUCUUUGGGUCAUGUUCAAAGCCUUAACAUUGCACCUGUUUAGGUCAUUUUGGCCCAUCCAUAUUUGCCAAAAUAGCCAUUUCUAAGUUAAGGAAAUGUUGAAAUGGGCUGAUAGUCCACCACAUGUUCCCCUAUUGUCAGGGAGCUUAUCAAUAAUUGUUUUCUUUGUAGCAGCCAUUGCAGUAUACUUUUGGUGCCUAAUAAAUGUUCAUAAUUAUCAAAAAUAA